CGUUUGUUCCUCCUGAAGCUGCUGUGUGAUGAAGCUGCCAGUCUGAGGUUCAGCCCCGUCCUCUACCCGAAGGCGUCUCAGCUGAUCGUAGGUUACGACGAGCACGAGGUCAACAACACCUUCAAGUUUGGAGUCAUUUACCAGAGAUUUGGGCAGGUGUCUGAGGAGGAGCUGUUCAGGAACAACGAGGAGACGCCGGCCUUCACCGAGUUCCUGCGGCUGCUGGGGGACACCGUGGAGCUGCAGGACUUCAAAGGGUUUCGGGGGGGUCUGGAUGUGUCUCACGGUCAGACGGGUUCUCAGUCCGUCUACACUGUCCACCGACAGCAGGAGGUCAUGUUCCACGUGUCCACCAAACUGCCCUUCACUGAGGGGGACGCACAGCAGCUCCAGAGGAAACGCCACAUAGGAAAUGACAUCGUGGCAGUGGUGUUUCAGGAAGAGGCCACGCCUUUCGUCCCCGACAUGAUCGCCUCCAACUUCCUGCACGCCUUCAUCCUGGUGCAGGCGGAGGAGCCGUGCUCCGACAGCACCGCCUACAAGGUGUCCGUCACAGCACGAGAGGACGUCCCUCCAUUUGGCCCGCCGCUCCCGAACCCGGCUGUUUUUAAGAAGGGUCUAGAGUUCAGAGAGUUUCUUCUCACUAAACUCAUCAACGCAGAGCUGGCCUGCUACAAGAGCGACCGCUUCGCCCGCCUGGAGGAGCGUACCCGAGCCGCUCUGUUGGACACCCUCCAUGACGAGCUGCACAGACGCUCCCAGUGCAUGCUGGGAUUGACGUCAGGUCUGGAUGAGGAGGGGCGAGCUGAGAACGGACACGCCCACGGAGGCCUGCUCGAAUCCAUCAAG